AAUCACGAUAAUAUAUAUUUUUUUAAUUAAAAAGACUUAAAUUUUACUGAUUCUUAAUUAUUACUCAUUAGUUCUUUCCAGUCUCAAACUCUAAAACAUUCUGUAAUUCUGCAUAUUUACUUUAUAUCCAAAAUAGACUAAAUAUUCGUGGUUUUACUACUUAAUAUUACAAACAAAUAUAUUGAAAAGAGUAAUUAUGCUUCAAUCAAUAAUGACCAAAUUUAAACUUACUAGUCCAAAAAUUAACAUUCAACCUGUUCGAUAUCGCUACUGGAAAGAUCUACAAGGUGCCCGUCCUGUAGUUCGUCGUUAUGGCUACAACGAUAAUACAUUACUUCAGUCUGGUUUAUUACCAAGAUCGGCUGAUGAAUCUAAAUUGCCCAUGCCAAUAUAUAGACCAAAAGAUGUUUGGAGUGAGAAACGGGCACUAUUUGGGCAAAAUGACUACAUAGAUAUAUUAGGAGACGGAUCUGUACACCCUGUGCGUGUACUCUAUAAUGUACCAUCUUGGUUACGAGGUGUAAAAGGCAAUGAAUUUCAAGUUUUAUUGAGGAAAAGAAAAAUGCUGCAACAUGGUAUAUAUCCAGUCGCUAGACCGACGAAAUGGACUCAAAUGCAAAAGAGGAUAACAUACUUGUACAAAUUUUUAAAUAGGAAAACAAGAACUGGAAUGGAAAAGUAGUUUUAUAAUUAAUAUUCCAAUUGAAAAUUAUUUAAGAACUUAAAAUACCUAUACAUUUAUAUUGUAUAAUAAGUCACAAUUAUAAUUUAGUAAUAUAAAUUUUAGUUGUUAUUCUAUA